CUCUGCGACGCUGCCGUGCCAUGAAACACCCAAGUGACUUUAGGACCCUGUGAGAGACACCCGCGGGGCGCGGCAAUAUUUUUAAUCUGACCACAGAACCUGUUAGCUUACUCUUGCUUCCUCUAAGACAGUUUACACGUUCCUUCACAAUAGUUCCUUGAUGUGACAGUGGCAAUAGAGAAGUGCUCUGUGAGGCAGCAGCAGAGGCGCCACAGCCCUGAACCCAAGCCCUGCCGACCCUAAUCCAUGACCCCUGGACGAGGACCUUUGUGUCCUGACAUGCCUGUGAAGGGAGCCCGAUCCCAGGCAGUGUACAGCCAGCCAUGGAGCAGCAGGCCUGGAUACUGAGGAGCUUCUUGGCUCAGCUGGAGAGACAAGAGGCUGAGGACGAGCAGGCACCGAACGGCAUUGCUGGGGAGUUUGCGAGGUUGAAAAGCCAGUCAACUAAGUACCGCACUGACAAAACCUACCCCACCAAGACAGCAGAGAAGCAGGAGAACAUCAAGAGGAACCGAUACAAAGACAUUGUUCCCUUUGACCACACCAGAGUAAAGCUCACUCUCACCACAACUAAAAAUGACUCUGAAUACAUCAACGCCAGUUUCAUUAAGGGAGUGUCGGGCUCCAGGGCUUACAUUGCUACACAGGGUCCUCUGCCUCACACAGUGCUGGACUUCCUGAGGAUGCUUUGGGAGUACAACGUAAAGGUCGUGGUGAUGGCGUGUCGAGAAUUUGAGAUGGGAAAGAAAAAGUGUGAGCGCUACUGGCCACAAAAACAAGAGCAGCCCUUUGUUUGUGAGCCGUUUACAGUUUACUGUGAUUCUGAGGAAAAUAAAGGAGAUUAUUUGACAAGGACGUUAAGGGUGACUUAUCGCAACUGUAGCCGAACUUUGAAACAGCUGCACUAUUUCAACUGGCCCGAUCACGGCGUACCAGACUCCAUCCCUCCCAUUCUGGACAUGUUGCAGGAGAUGCGGUCAUAUCAAGCCCAUGACGACGUCCCCUUCUGCAUCCACUGCAGUGCUGGCUGUGGAAGAACAGGAGCCCUGUGUGUAAUUGAUUACACUUGGAACCUCCUGAAGAAACAGAUGAUCACUCCAGAUUUCAGUAUCUAUGAUUUAGUGCAAAACAUGAGAACCCAGAGGCCCUCGGUCGUCCAAACCAAGGAGCAGUACGAGCUGGUGUACAGAACCAUCAAGUUACUGUUUGAGAGAUAUCUGCAGUCCAUGGAUGCACAGACCUGCAGAGACCAGGUGACAAUGGUCCCGCCGGCGAUCACGCCCGACACUGAAAGCGAGCUCUCUGACCUCAGUGACGAUUUGGAUUUGCUGCCACAACUCCAGAACCUGCUGGACGAGGAGAGGGAGGUUUUAGCACAGCGCCACACCCCCUCACCUUUUGCUUCACAAAAUCACAUUGCCAUAAAAGCCAAGGACAUGCAGAGGGACCAACAACAAUGGCACCUACUCCAAACCCUCCCUGAGGCUCUGGCCCCCACCUGGGACCUGCAGGAGGGACCCAGGACCUCACCCACCCAACUGCACACCAGCCAGCGAGGCCCCGCAGUAGAGGAGAGGAUACAGGACAGAGAUGCCGUAUCGUCGCUCAACCCUCCAGCUUCACCAGCUAUGGCAGCAGCCAUUUGUCUGAUGGUGGAAGAUCCCUACUUUGACACCCCGCCAGCAGAGGAGGCGCCAACGGACUCCAGUGAAGACGCCAAAAAAUGGGCAGUUAGCCCCGCCGUCAGCACGCCCUUGCUGCGCCUGAACGACCACACUCUGGAGCUUAACUCUCCUGCCUCAGGUACUGUUGAAGCUGAUAGAGAUGAGGAGUUACCUCCUCCCCUACCUCAACGAACUCCUGAAUCUUAUGUUCUGGCUGUGGAUGCAGAGCACCCAGAUCCCUGCGAAAGGUUAAUGGUUAUCAUUCCACCGAAUGCUGCUGCUGAGGCUGUCAGGGAGCUGGGAGGCGAGAAAUACAGUAACCCCCCCUCACCCGCCCCCCCACUUCCAGAGAGAACCCCAGAGUCCUUCGAGCUGGCCGUUGAUGAAGCUCCUGUGGAGCAGAGGUCAGAGGUCACGCCGGCAGUGAACCUGAACAGGAUAGGAAAGUCUUCAGAGUGGUUCGGUGACUCGAAGCCGGCAGCUGCUGCACCUCAGAGUGAGACGAGUCCAUGGAUGAGGAGUAAGAGUCUCAAAGUAAAAAUGAACGUCACUGUACCAGUAACACACCCUGAACCUACAUCAAAUACAACAUCAAAGCUCCACCCUCACUGUCCACCUCUGGAGCCGCCGCCGCCUCCGCCGCCGCUGCCGCCUCAAACGGAAGAGAGCCUGACUCCUCCGCUUCCUGACAGGACCCCAGAGUCCUUCAUCCUCACAGACCAGAUUCAUGAGAAAACCGCCCUUUGCCCGCCGCCCGUAGAGACGACGCGGCCCUGGCCGAGGGUCGGCUUCUCGUCUGAAUGGGACGGCACCGCUCAGCCAAAGAAGUUCCUCGAUGUUGUCAUGAACAGGAGCAAGAGCGUUCGAGCUAAAAGUUCUAAACAAGAGCCCCCCACAGCAGGGUGGCGGCCUGCUUCACAUCCUGUGGUCGUGGAUGGAGCAGGAAGUGCACCAGUGGAGCAGCAUGAUGUGAACCGCAGACCCUCCCUGAACGCUGUGACACCAGGAAACAAAGCAGAGAAAAGCAGCGAGAAGGGCAUGUCUCGAACAAGGAGUCUGUUUUUUAGACACAAGCAAAAACCUAAAACUGCCCCUCCGCCUCCUCCUGCUCAAUCUGAAACACCACCUCCUCCGUAUAGUGCUGCAUCUUCAAUCUUCAAAUUUGGAUUUGGGAACCGUUUUGGAAAGCCAAAAGGCCCCAGGAGUUAUCCAGAGACCUGGGUUUGAAAAACGGACCUGCUCUUUUAAUGAUGAAUCAACAAAAUGCAUUGCCAAAGGACUUUGACAGUAUCCUUGAAGAUACGGUGGAGGACCACAUACAGUGGACCUGAAAAGCACUGAAGGCCGCUCUGUGUCCUGCACAGCACAGUAACGCCCACAGCAGAGAACUGGGAGUGCCUUGAUUACAGCUCUGAUGCACUUCAUGAAGUAUAUCAGCUCAGGUUGAUUUUAAUUAUUGAUCAGUGCCUCAUUGAACAGCACAGACAGUCACUUGGACCAAUGACUUGAAUGUUUAAUCAAAAGCUCAGCCUCUAGAAUAAUUAGCUUGAAGAGGUGGGCAGUCUGCGGUGAGAAGACGUACACUUCUUGUUUAAAUGCUUAAAGCAACGCUGUAAAAGGAAUACUUUACCCACAAAAUGAUCAUUUGUGUAUCAGUUGA